AGAGAGCGAGAGAGAGAGAGAGAGAGAGAGAGAAGGAAAGUUUCACUCUCAGUUAGAGCAGGAGAGCAUUUGGUGGUCGCAGGUUUUUGGAGCUGCUCGAGCUUCUGGAUUAUCGGCGAAUCAUUCAGUGCGGAUUUUAAUCGGCGGUUUCUGCGUUUGUGAGGUUUCCGUAGCUGGUCGCCUUCUUCUUUCCCUUCCCACCGUUUUCCCUGCUCGGCUGUUUCUCCUCCGUUUCUGCUUCACCGUCUCACUCCAGGAUGAAAACACACAGUAGAGGCUAAAGCGUUCGCCUGGUUGACGGAGUCGAGCGCAAAACGCUCGAGUUCAACACGGCCACUUCCUGAUGAUGACAGUAAACAUGGAUGACGGUCUCCAGAAUGGGCCUGGGCCACACAGGAAUACACAAGAUGAUGAGGAGGCUCUAAACUCUAUCAUGAAGGAUCUGGCAGCGCUGCGUUGCUGUUACCAGCUCAACAGCAACAACAGCCACAAGCCCAAGACCAGGACUCAGACCUACAGACAGGAUCUGCGAGUGAAGCUGGAGCAUGAGAGAGAGAAACGAAUCAUUCCUUUCCAGAGGCCACUGAAGUUCAAAGAACUUCUGCAGAAAGUGAUGGAAGCCUUUGGUCAGCAGAUGGACUUAUACUACACAGACAAAGAGACUUUGGUAGCUCUGAAGUGUCAGGAGGAUUUGGACCGGGCAGUGCUGAGUUUAAGCUCCAGGUCAGGAACCAACGGCCUGCUGAGAGUCCUGCUGAAAACUCCAACUAACAACCAUUUUCUGCAGGUGAACAGCAGGGACAAGCAGAGUGAGAUGAAGUCAUCAAGGUCACUAGGAGACUUAAAGGGUUCUCUGCUCAAGGGUUCUGAACGAGUGCGCAAACACUCUACAGGCUCUCUGCACACAGGCCGCAGCUCGCCCCCUCCAGGCAGCGUCCCUGAGGAGCAGCAGCAGAUUGCUCGACAGGGCUCCUACACCAGCAUCCACAGCGAAGGAGAGUUCAUCCCAGAGACGCUCGACCCUAACAUCAUGGAGCCGUUUGGCAGCGCUGAUGAUUCGCUCUCCAGCAGCUGCCAGUCUCUGGACCAGGCGCUGGACAGUCCGCCGUUCUCCCAGAACAACCGAGACAACAAUUACCUGAACCUUAACUUCGACUAUAAAGGCCGUCAUGGGAAGCACGGGACUUUUCCCAGGCAGUUCCACAUAUCCAACCGCAGCAAGGACUACGGUGACGGUCGGAGGACAUUUCCCCGCAGCUUCAUGCCUCAGGAGAACCUCUUCCAGCUGGUUCCGUCCAGCCGCACGCGCAGCUAUAAUGGAGAGAGCACGCUGCAGUAUGGCGGAGACAUGCACUCCAUCAGUUGGACUGAAAAGAGCAGUCAGCGCAGUGCUGCUAAGUCCCCCCGGGCGCCGGUAAACUGGCGUCAGGGGAAGUUGCUGGGCCGCGGUGCUUUCGGGGAGGUUUACCUCUGCUACGAUGCCGAUACGGGUCGGGAACUGGCUGUCAAACAGGUGCCCUUCGACCCCGACUGCCAGGAAACCAGCAAGGAGGUGAACGCACUAGAGUGUGAGAUUCAGCUGCUGAAGAAUCUCCGGCACGAGCGCAUCGUCCAGUACUAUGGCUGCCUACGGGACCCCGAGCAGAGGAAGCUCUCCAUCUUUGUGGAGUUCAUGCCAGGGGGCUCUAUAAAAGACCAGCUAAAGGCGUACGGCGCUCUGACUGAAAAAGUGACCCGCAGAUACACCAGGCAGAUCCUGCAGGGCGUCUUUUACCUCCACAGCAAUAUGAUCGUGCACCGUGACAUUAAAGGCGCAAACAUACUGAGGGACUCCUCCGGAAACGUGAAGCUGGGAGACUUCGGAGCCAGCAAGCGUAUUCAAACCAUCUGCAUGUCAGGCACUGGCAUAAAAUCAGUGACUGGCACCCCCUACUGGAUGAGCCCAGAAGUCAUCAACGGAGAAGGAUACGGCCGGAAAGCUGACGUCUGGAGCGUGGCCUGCACGGUUGUGGAGAUGCUCACGCAAAAGCCCCCUUGGGCUGAAUAUGAAGCCAUGGCGGCUAUUUUUAAAAUCGCCACCCAGCCCACCAAGCCCAACCUGCCGGAGGGCGUGUCGGAUGCCUGCAGGGACUUCCUGCGGCAGGUGUUUGUAGAGGAGAAGUGGCGGCCCACCGCUGAGGUGCUUCUCAGCCAUCCUUUCGUCCAGGGCAGCUUCUGAAAGUGCCGGAGGUCCAGAAGGGCUGGGGCCAGUUAAACUGACCCACUUACAAUCACCACUCUGCCUUCCAGGGUCCAGGGGAACCUGCCAAAACCUCUCCAGCCCACCCAGAACAAACUAGCCCCUCAGCAUGGGGCUGCGUAUCUCAGACUGCUCUGCCCAUACACACAAGCCCCUUGCAUGCCAUGUUACACGUUGGCAAUUCGGCUGCUGCUGAAGGCCUGUGGUCUGCAAACACAUCACAGAAUCAGACUGCAGUCGUGGGAGGCUUGUUUACAUUACAUGCCCCAAAUUCUUACAGAAAAUUGGUGAGGGGUUGGAUCUCUCACUGUUGGAAAUUACACAGCAAUUGAUACAAUCAGGGAUUAGAAACGAAAUAUUUCUCGUUUUGAUUCGUUCUGAAUAGAAACUGUAUUUCUUUCACCAAGCUCCCUCUCCAGUUGGUAACUGGAACAGAAUAAAAGAAACCUUAUUAACAUUCUAAAAGAGCAAACUUUGCAAAUAUUCUAAAAAAUACAUGGCUAGAGUUUAAUGAUAAGGAAGCCAGGCAGUGCAGUGUGAGGUACGAUGAAGACCUAGAUGACAGGGUAACAUCCUUUGCUUUAGGGCAGUGAAUUUAUGCUGUGUUUAAGUGGUGUUGGAAACUGGGAAAUACCAAUUUUCCUACUUCAAAUUUGCACAUGAACAGCUGACAGAUUCACAUUCCCAAGUGGGAAACCUGGGAUUCUAGAUUAUACCAUAUGUGACGUACACGGCCUUUCACGAGCGAGUAUGAAAAAUAUUUAGUGAGGUCAAAAAACUGUGAGACAACAUUGAAAAUUUGGGAUUUAUUUGCCUUAAGACUGAAAAUAAACAAUAGAACAUUUAAGAAUUAAAAAAAAUAAUUUAAUAAAAGUAAACUGUACAAAAAUAUGCAAAAUUCUUCGCUAUUUCUAGGUCACCAUUAAAAAGCAAAAUUGUGACAUUACGAUAAUGCCUUUGUACAGAAAGGUCAUUUACCUUUUUUAAGUCUUAUCUCUUAAAAGAGAUAAAAGUGUUCAGACGACUCAGGUGGAUUUGAUCUGCUUAUCGGAGGCUUUUGCACAAACUUGUCCAUGCCAGCCGUAGUGCAAAGCAAAGUCUGUAAAGAAAAAAAUGGACCAAAUACUAAGAAAUUCUAAAAUGUUAAAAUAUAAAAGAUUCUACUUUUCACUCAAACCAUUAUGCUGAAAAUAUAAUUUGUAAUGAAAAAUGUUCAAAAUGUGCUUCAAAAUAGAAGCAUUUUCACUAGACUUUUGUGAAUACUUUUGGGCCCCACUGCACCUGACGUGUUUUAGUUCUUGUAACUGAAAGACGUGCAGACAUCACUGAUAUAUUUUUACUGUAGCAAACGAAAAGCAUGUUGAGCUGCAUGCCUUUAUUUUCCAUGUUGUGGGCGUAUCUUCUGACCGGCAGGCGAACGAAGUCAAGUCGCAUUCACUAAUUAACCAUCUGGUUCCAAUGAGCACUGGAACGCAGCAUAAUUCAGUUUACCUCCAAUGGAAUCUAGCAGGUAGUGGGCAACAGUAAAGUUUACUAAGAAAAUGAUUAAUCUAGUCAUAAAUCUAUAAGACUUGACUGCACUGAAAAAGUGAUGCAUUGCAUUUAAUUAAUUAAGUGUUAGACAUGUGCCUAAUAUCCAACAUACACGAUGUUGUUAUUAUGGACUAUUGAAAUACCAUGUCAUUGGUGAAACCUGGUCUAAUCCAUAAAUUAAUUCUAAAAAUUAAUAACGCAAAAUUAUGCAAAGUUCCAUGAUUUUUAAAGACAGAAAUCCCACAUUGUAUAACCAUCACAUCAAGAUUGCUAUUAAAAAAUAACAUUUAGAACACUAUAGGUAUGCUUGCCUUAUACAUGCAGUGUUAUUCCCCAACACAAUAUUGUAAUAAUAUGUGAAAUCCUGAUAAAAGAUAUGGUAAUUAUUGUGAUAUUCCGUUUUUAUAUCAGCACAUGCCUAAUAAGCGUACAUUAUUUGAUUAGAAGCCAGCUGAAGCCAGAAGUAACGUGGGAAAAAAUGUUUUGGCAAUGUAUUUCAUUCACAUGGCAGUUAUCACUAUUUCAGUGCAAACGCACAUUUCACGAAGUUUAUUUCACUCCAGCGUUUUUCAUUUUCACUCUUUGUAGAGUUUCUAAUCCCUGGACAGAGUAAUAGGUGAUGGUUUAGAGCUGGGCUUUAGUGUUGGGGAGUCUAGCUCACUCUUUUAAAGAGCAGUUACACAAAUGUUAAACAUCCAGAACAAGGGUUUGUUUUUGGGGCAGAACAGGGUAGGUGUGUAGGUGAAUACUUUCCAACGGAAAAAGUGUUUUUUUUUUUAUAGUGGUCUUAUUAUGUCCAAAACCCCCCCUGAUCUAAACCAUUGAAUGUGGUGCCACUUCUUGAGAAUGAAUUCGGUGCCGUUCCUUUAGAAAACCCAGCAAUGGCCUGCCAUUUCUGGAGCGCAUCCAUACUGUAAGAUACUCCGUUGAGUAAUUUUUGUUAAGAUUACUGUGUUUGAUGGUUAGAAUCUAACCAAAUAAGAUUGACACAGACCAGCACAUGUGCAACCACCAAAGUGGUGAAUGUGUAAUCCAGAGAAAUUUGUGUGCAUUUCUUUGAGACUGCAACGUCCUCUCAGCUAAUGAAGGUUGUGGAUGAAAAUCUUAAAUCUCCUUUUUUUUCUAUAAAGUUUUUAUAGAGAAUUUUUUUGUUGUUAUUAAUGUUUUAAGGCACUCAUAUAUCGGUGAAGUCACUGUAAAUUUAAGUCACAUGUUUCCAUGGCAACUUUUGAACACAUGUAUCCGUACAAUUUCAACAUGCAGGAUAAUCAGCUGAGAUUUCAAAAAGCUAUUUUUAUAAAAAAAAUAUAUAUAUAAACAUUUUAUCCAGAUGUUUGGAGAAAAGACCAGUUUUUGUAUUAUUGUAAAUGGCUGCUUACGGCAUCCAAGCAAUAGUCUUAUAGGCUAUCGACUCGAAUGGCUGGUUUGUUGACGUUGCUUUUAAGUUCAGUCAUUUAUAUAGAAAUACAUUGUCCACACCAACCAAAGAGAAAGUGCUUUUUAAUGCAAAUGUAUGUACUUCAUAACUGUUCUAUUGAUGCAUAAGCAGUCAUAUCUAGAGGUAAAGCCCUGAGGUUUUUCCUGUUUAGAAAAAUAUGGUCUAAUAUGGAGUUUUUAUAGCAAAGAUUCCCAUUUGUCCUUGUUUCCUUGCUAUUACAAAUGAGUACAUAUGUUACUGUGAUCAUUUUUCUAUAUGGAAACACAAUAAGCAUGACUGGGUAAAUGUCCUCCAGUUUAUUGCAAAGCAAUAUCUGUAAGUGGGACGCUCAAUGUCAGCCGCAAAGAUUGCCACAAUUAGUGCCUUCUCUGAUAUGUCUUUGUUUUUUCAGUGAAAUUAGAUUUUUUUAAGCAUUUAAGUGUUGGAAUGUACAUUCAGUUGUCCUCAUCAAGUUGGAUCUCCAAUCCAUUCAUCAGUGGAGGCCAUGAAUGAUGCUGUAUUUUAAUGUAUAGACUUGCUAAGGUGAUUUAACAAGAAAAAACGAUUGUAUUGUAAAUACAGGGUUUAUAGAAAGUCUUGGCACCCUUUAACAUUGUGUGGUAUUACAGCAUAAAACGGACAUUUAAAUAGCCUGUGUUUCCUUUACAGUGUACAUGCCAACUGCUAACAUUGUAAUGAAACGUAACGUUACAUACGUUUAUGCAGUUUGGAGAUUAGCUUUGAAGGAAUAUUCCAGCAUUUUUCAACCCAGUCUCUAUCUGCACUGUAUGUGUAGGAUACGGCCUAUUACCGCGGACAAUCAUUUUGAAGCAUUUCCCUGUAUUUAGAAAAGAACAGAAAAUCUGUUGACUCAAACUCACUUGUAUUUGAAGCAGAGACAUGAAGAAGGCAGACUUAGUAGGUUUGUAAAUGAACGGGAAAGUUAGUAACGCUAGUAACAUGGCGUCUGUUUACGGGAGAGGCCCCGCCCUUUGGUCAGCCAAUCAGUUUGCUAGUCAAGCCACAAGCGGGAAAAACUGCUUUGUUUUGGAACAAGAACCUGAAAAAUACGUUUUCUUGCGUUAUUUGAGCCGAACAGUACAAACUGUUUAUUUUGUCCGACUUUACCCAUGAUUUCAAAUACGUUUUUGAAACAUUAAUGUGGCUUUCAGUUCGGUUUGUAUCUCCCCAUUCAAAGAUAUGGGAGCCGGUCCCAUAUAAAAGGAAACGCCUACAGUCGCUGCCAAGAUGGCCGCCAAGCGGACAGACUUUCCUCUGAAGCCUUUGAUAGAAGCCAGCAUAAAUGUUUGCCGUCGGAAUUCAGCAACUGCCCAAAUGACUCCUAUUACAUGCGAGUUUUACGUCAGCAGAUUUUCCGUUGCUCUCUGUGGAAAUACUACAGAUACGACAGAUAUAGAUUAGAUUGAAAAACACUGGAUAAUUCCUUUCAAUUUAAUGAAAACGUCACCAGAUGACCUUGAGUAAAUGUGUAGGCCUAUACACACAUUAUAGUCAGAGCUCAGGUCUAACCAGUUCUGAAUGACUCAUUAAAAUAAUCAGUCUCUGUGUUUAGCUGUGAUGAUUCUGUCUGGUACAGAAUUCAUUACUCUGCAGACCAAACAAGGAGCUUUCUCCAAAAUAAAGCAGUAAAGUUAUGAAGAAGUGAAAGGAAUAGAUACAUCCAGAGAAGGCUGGCCUUCUGAACUAGAUGGCAAUACAAGGAAGAUUAUCGAGCAGAGGUGCCAAAUGUUGUGUGUCACAACAGUCAAUAGGAGUGUACAAUUCUGACCAUUCCCCGCAGUAACAAGUAGACAAAACCUCCAAUAAGUCCAGUUCAAAGUGAAUGAAUUGACUUGAAUUAUCACAGUCCUUGUGAUUAGGCUGGGACGUGGAGCACAUGGUUGCAUAUUACACUAUGUAAAAAGGGGAAAAAAACAAUUUUACAUUUUAAAGGGGUGUCUAAACUUUCUUUAAGCACUGUAGACAUUGUACUGCACUUUUUAUGAGAUGUUUUAUUAUAUUCAGAAUACCUUAGUUACAAUAUUACCAAAAUUGUAGAGCUGGAUUUUAGAACUUAACUGAGAGUAAAUGAUGAAAUAGGCCUCAGUGGUUUUUGAUAGAGGCUAAGAAUGGAAAAUUCUUUAUUGCCUUGAUGACAAAGCCUAAACACAUUUAUUCUGAAAGUGAUUUUGUACAUUUGAAUAAAUAAAUUAAAUGUGGAAAAUCGCA